GCGUCUUGGGAUUCAGGACGGGAAGUUCUCUGGGGGCGGGCACAAUUUGCUAGGGAGAAAUCGAAACUCAGCUGUUAAAACCGCUGCCGCUGCUCUUUAGGAUCUCCCCUCGAGACUCGCGAAGCGUCCUGGGACCUGCUGGGUCUUGACCAUGUACACCCGCAGUACAGUUGUGGGCUCCCAGCCGGGCCCCUCUCAGGCUCCCCGGAACCCGGGUGCGCGGGGCGGGGAACUGGGCUCGCUGCGAAGUCAGAGACAGGGUUUGGAGGCAGCCCCCCAGGGCCCUGCGCGGGCGAGCCUGCGGGCCCCCCACCGGAGGAGCACAGGUGCAUAUACCUUGAUAGCACCAGAUGAAACUCGGAGGCAUCAGAUACAAAGGAUUGCUGAGCAAGAGCUGGCCAGCCUGGAGAAGUGGAAGGAGCAGAAUAGAGCUAAACCAAUUUAUCUUUCACCAAGACGGCUGGGUGGAAGCCAGUCAGAGUCUGAAGUCAGGCAGAAGCAACAACUACAACUGAUGCAAUCUAAAUACCAGCAAAAGCUAAAAAGAGAAGAAUCUGUAAGAAUCAAGAAGGAAGCUGAAGAAGCUGAGCUCCAAAAAAUGAAAGCAAUUCAGAGACAGAAGAGCAAUAAACUAGAGGAGAAAAGGCUACUUCAAGAAAAGCUCAGAAGAGAAGCACUUAGGGAGCAUCAUCAAUACAAAACUGCUGAGUUCUUGAGCAGACUGGACAGAACAUUGCCACACGGAAGUGUCCAUCAAUUUGCUCCCCGUGACUCGCAGUCAUCAACAUGGAAUAAAUUACCGGAACCUAUACAACAACCACAUGAAGAAGAAAAAGCCAAAAUCCAUCAACCUGAGCACAAGAGGGUAAAUAAUGCUUUUCUGGACCGACUCCAAGGCAAAAGUCAACCAGGUGGCCUCCAGCAGUCUAGAGGCUAUUGGAAUACGAAUAGUGGUAACAGCUGGGGUAUAUGAGAAAUAUUAAUUUCUACCUGGUCUUCAUCAACUGACCUG